ACACCUACACAUUGUCAAACAAAAUACAUAGGUGUCAUGAUAAAAAUAAAAAAAAAAAAGAUAAAAAGUAUCUUUGCGUGUGGUUAAAUUAUAUAUUUUCUCUCACAAAAACGCAACCAAGUGAAAGCUUGAGUUGAUGUAUAAAUAACAAAGACACAAAACAUCAUUACAAAAAGUGAGUAAAAAAGACGCCAAAUUAAAAAAUAAAAAACUGUAAAAGAAAAAAUAAGGAUAGAAAAUUUAUAAAGCAUUCAACUACCAAUACACAAAUACCCACACACACAAUCUUUGUAAUCAUCAUCAAAGUGUCCAAGAGAGGAGAGACGAGAAAAAGAGUAAAACAGAGUGAAAAAUAAAAAAUAGAGUACUGAGAGGAGGACCGUAGCGAGUAGCGAGUAGCGACGACAACGGUGGACGGUGAUUCACUCUCUCCUUAUCAAUACAUAAUUUAACAUUUGUUAAUUACAUCAAUCAUCAACAUUAAAUCAUCAACAUCCCGUCCCCAAGUGUCAUCAAUAUCAAACUCGUGUGUGUCACUUGAUUUACAUACUAUUUUCCUACAAAAAAAAUCAACUUAACUAAACAAAAUUUAAUUGUUCAUCAACAUCAUCAUCAAAAUAAUAACCUGGAUAAUUUUUUAAAUAAUUAUAAUUUAUUUAAAUAAUUUUAAAAAAGUGUUUAUCAAUAAUAAAUCAUUGAAUAAUCAUUUACAAAUACUGGAGUAAAUUAUUACUUUGUGAUCAGUGUGUGUUUGUUCAUUCUUUUUUUUCUUUCUUUUUCUUGAAUGUGUUUUUUCUUUUCUUGAGACUUGAGAUAUGCUGGGGGGUAUCCACCCGGUUGGUUUAUUGGUGUGUGUGGUGAAUCACGCUUUCGAGGGCGCCGGGUUGUUCCGUUAACACGGGGAUAAAUAGUGACUCCACGAGCAUCAUCAUCAAAGAUCGAAAUCAGCACGAAUUUAAUCAUUAUUAUUUUGAUGUUAAAUUUAAAUUGAUAGUUGAUUUAACAUUUAACGUUGGCAAAGCUUUCGUAGCUUAAUGGAUUAUGAAAAUUCAAUAUCUAUUAUCAAGGUUGAUAGAAGACUAUUCACACACAAAUGCACACAUCAAUUGUCCUUCAAAGCAUCAUACUGUGAUCCUGAAAAAAAAUUAAAUUUUAUCAAUAACAAUUAUUGAUAAAUAAAAUUUAAUAAUUAAAAAAAUAAAUUGUUAAAAUUUUACAAUAACUAAAAAAAGAAUAUAAUUCUUUUUAAAUUUAUGAAUGAAGAGAAAAAAAAAAAACUUGAUUAUCAAUAGAUAGAAUAUUCAUAAAUAUUAUUUUAUUUUUUUUUCUUCAAGUAAAUAAUUCAUCUGUAAUAGAGAUAGACAGAAAAAAAAAAUUUCUUUAAUCUUAAAGUAGUUUAUUAUUUUUAAUUUUCAAAUGAAAGCUUUGAGUAGUUAAAAAUAAACCAAGGAAAAAUAAUAAAUAGAAUAGAUUUUUAAAUAAAUCGUAUCAACAAAACGUGCCUAAUUAAAAAAUUAAAAAAAUAAAAAGCUGACUGAAAAUUAAAUAAAGGACAAUAUCAAUAAUAACACGAUGUCAGAUGAAGAAGACAAACCACCUGCGCCUCCAGUUCGUCUAACUUCCAACAGAGGAGAAUCUGCGCCAAAUUUACCGGUGGAUAUGCGUCCAUUGCCAAAAGAGCCAGAUUGUGAUGAAAGAAAAAAGAAAACUCUAAAAGGAAAAAUGAAGGUGAAGGAGAGCAAGGACAAACCAAACAUAAGUUAUCCAACAAAUUUUGAGCAUACUGUUCAUGUUGGUUUUGAUGCUGUAACUGGAGAAUUCACGCUGCCACAUAAAGGAAUGCCGGAAGCAUGGGCAAGAUUGCUUAUGUCAAGCAACAUCAGCAAGCAAGAGCAAAAGAAAAAUCCUCAAGCUGUUCUUGAUGUGCUUAAUUGGUAUGACAGUAGUAGCAAGGAGGCCAAAGGAUCCAAGUACAUGACAACAACAAAAAUGGUUGGAGUUGUUGCACCAAUUGACAGAGCUAGUAGUCCUCGUAGCAUAGGAAUUGGUGUCAAUAUUGGCAUGGUAAAUGUUCGUGGACAAGCUAUUUCACAGACUUCCGGUAGUUCACAUUCACAACAGUCAUUGAGUCGAGUCAGCAGUAGUAGUCCAAGUAGUACACCAACAGACGCAUGCGCAACAAGUUCUGAACAAGAGGAUGAACCACCACCACCACCAAUAACAGCAAGACCUGAACGCACGAAAUCAAUUUAUACAAAACCAAUUGAGGAAGAACCACUACCACCAGCUCCAUUACCAGCAUCACUUGGUUCACCUCAACGAAAUGGUACACCACAACCACAACAUCAAUCACAAAUUGAUAGAAAUAAAAAUCAAACAACACCAAUACAAACACCAACAACAACUGAUCAAUCAAGACCAACACAAAGUGAUAAAGUGAGAAAGAAAAAAAUGUCUGAUGAUGAAAUAUUGGAAAAAUUAAGAACAAUUGUUAGUGUUGGUGAUCCAAAUAGAAAAUAUACUAAAAUGGAAAAAAUUGGUCAAGGAGCAUCUGGUACAGUUUAUACAGCAAUUGAAACAUCAACAGGAAUGGAAGUUGCAAUAAAACAAAUGAAUUUAUCACAACAACCUAAAAAAGAAUUAAUUAUAAAUGAAAUAUUAGUUAUGCGAGAAAAUAAACAUCCAAAUGUUGUUAAUUAUUUGGAUAGUUAUCUUGUUGGUGAAGAAUUAUGGGUUGUUAUGGAAUAUUUACCUGGUGGUAGUUUAACUGAUGUUGUUACUGAAACAUGUAUGGAUGAAGGACAAAUUGCUGCUGUUUGUAGAGAAGUAUUACAAGCACUUGAAUUUUUACAUUGUAAUCAAGUUAUACACAGGGAUAUUAAAUCAGAUAAUAUAUUACUUGGUCUUGAUGGUGGUGUUAAAUUAACUGAUUUUGGUUUUUGUGCACAAAUAUCACCAGAACAAAGUAAAAGAACAACAAUGGUUGGUACACCAUAUUGGAUGGCACCAGAAGUUGUUACAAGAAAACAAUAUGGACCUAAAGUUGAUAUUUGGUCACUUGGAAUUAUGGCUAUUGAAAUGAUUGAGGGUGAACCACCAUAUUUAAAUGAAAAUCCAUUAAGAGCACUAUAUUUAAUUGCAACAAAUGGAAAACCUGAAAUUAAAGAAAAAGAAAAAUUAUCUGGUAUAUUUCAAGAUUUUUUGGAUCAAUGUUUAGAAGUUGAAGUUGAAAAACGUUCAGCUGCAUCAGAACUACUUAAGCAUCCUUUUUUGAAAUUGGCAAGGCCACUUGCUUCUUUGACGCCUUUGAUAAUGGCAGCAAAAGAAGCAGCGAAAGGACACUAAAUGCAUUCUUUAAUUAUUUUUUUUUUUAUUGUUUAUCAAAUGUGUAUUCAUUUAUACUUGAGAAGUAACGGACUUACCCUCCCAAAAUGGUAACGGCACAAUAAUUCAAUAAUAUAACGAUUAAUAUUAAUGAGUAUAAAUAAUUAUAAUAAACAAGUAGUUAGUUAGAUAUUAUUCGAUACUAAAUAAACAAUUGAGUAUCGAAUGAUUAUAUUAAAUUCGCAAUACAAAUAGUUCUCACGAAUUUGAGAACUAUCAAAAGUUUAAAUAGAAAAAAAAUAUAUAUAUAAAAUAUUGCGAAAACAAAAUGAGAAAAAAAAAUAAUUGCUUCGAGAUACUUGCUAAGAAUUUUCGAGUGUAAUUGAGUGAAUGUGUUGGUAGUUAUUUUAAAAGUAUAAUUUUAAUAAAAAUUAAAAACAAUUAGUAUUACUAACUUUCAAGUUGGUUGGCGAUAAAUUAGAUGAGCAUGAAAAAUAAUUAAGAGUAUAUAAAAAUGAACAAAUAAAUUAAAACAAGAAAUACCUACAGCGAAAAUAUAAAAAUAAAUAAAUGAAAAAAAAAAUACUUGUUAGAUAAUGUGAAACGAUUAACUAGAGCGUACUUAUUUUAAUGAGAAUGCUAGCGAAAAAAAAAAUAAAUAAAAAAGUUGAAACAAAUUUAAAAAAAAAAAAAAAUUGGUCUUUACGCUGGACUUAUAUUUUUGAGAAUAAAUAAAAAAAUAAAAAUAUUAUAAACAAAGAUAAGAGAAAACAAUGUUAAAUUAUUUUUUUGGUCAAUCAUUGUAAUAAUAUUUAAAAAACAAAAAAAAAAACAGUCUACUUUUUUCUUGAUAAAAAAAAGAAUGUUUUAAAAUUUCACUGAUCAAAAAAUUUUUAAAUCAUUCAUUUGCAUAUCGCUAUUAUACAGAGUAGUAAUUAUAGAUUAAUUAUUAUUUAGAAAUUUUAAUGUAUAUAAGAAGUCAAAUAAUAUUGUAGUUUUUUUUUUUUUUUUUUUUAAUUAAAUAUUUGAGAAUAAUGAGAAUUUAAAAUUAUGCAUUAAUAUGUAGUACAUAUAAACCAGUGAAUUUUUGAAAAUUAAGGAGAAAAAAAUUAACACGUUUAUGAAAUACUUGUGUUGAAUAAUUUUAACAUAAGUAGUUUUUUUUUUUGUUUUAAAAUUAUUUGCAUUGCAAUAUUAAAAUUAAUGAUCAUAGAAAUUUUAAGACAAGGCUGUAAAAUACAAAAAAAAAUUGUGUGACACUUUCAAGUGCCUGUACAUCAUGUCAGUUGAUACAGAUCAUUAAUUUGUAAAAUUAAACAAAUAAAAAAUGAAUGAGACAAAAAGAUAAAUAAAUGAUGAUUUUUGAGUAAUAACAAAAAAUAAAACCUCAUGUUAGGACCAUCAUAAAUAAAUCGCGUCGACGGUUUAACAAGGUUUCCAUUGAUGAAUGUUUAUAAUAUAAUUUUAAAAUAUAGCCUGAGUCUUUUAUAUCUGAAUAAUGUAAAAUCGUUGUAUAAGGAAGCCUUGCUUCUGUUCUUUUUAUGUAGUUUUAAAAAUUUUUAGUGUGUAAAAUACAUGUAAUUGAAGAUACAUUUUUUUUUCUCCAUUUUUUUUACAUAGAAAUUUCGAUUCAUGACUGAAUAUCAUUCUCAAAAUAUUAAAUCAUUCAGAAAUAAAAUAUUCAGCUAAUUAAUUUAUUAAAUAAAAAAAAUAUCCUAUGAAGCGGGUGUUAGCAACAAGAACAUUAGAUAUUUUUAAAAUGAAAAUUUAUCAUUAUAAAAAUAAUUGAAGCAUAGUAACAUGUAGACAUAAUGAUAUUAUGAAAAUUUAAAAUUUGUCAAAAAUUAUGACAACAGUAUAUCAGCAUGAUAAAUAAAUAAAUAUUGCAUUUGAAAAAUUUAUUUAUUAUUUUUAAAUUAACUAUUAUCAUAUGCAUCUUGGAUAAAUUCAAAAUUUAUUUAUUUAAAAAUUUAUUAAUUUGUCAUUGUAUUGUUAUUACUCAAUGUUAUUAUUAUUUUUUAUUUAAUUUUUUUUUAAUAUUUCAUCUUUCAAGCUUUGUAUUAAAUGUUUGAUUAUUUUAUUUAUUUAUUCUAUAUAUCUUCAAUUGGUAGCUAAAAAAACCUCAAAUUUCCUUAUUUUUGUUGAUGAUAUCAUGAUCAAGAUAUUCAGUCAUGUAAUUGAAAUUUCUUCAUAUUGAAAAAAAAAAAAAUAUAUAUAUAUA